CUCCUUGCCGUCGCCCGGCUCUCCGCAGCCUCCCGCGGGCAGAGAGAGGCCCCGAGCGCCUUUUCCCUUCUCCAGCAAGGACCCCCACCCACCCACCCACCACCGCUUCUCCGGCCGGAGCGAUGGCAGCGAGCGCCGCGCUCUUGCAGCUGCUGGCCGCGGCGGCGGCCCUGGCGUGCCUGGCUGCGGCGGCUCCUUCCUCCUCGCCGCCGCCGCCGCCGCCGCCUUCCGAGGACGCCGAUCCCUUCGCCGCUCAGCUGGGAGACAUCUCGGCUUGCCAAGCGCGCUGCGCCCAGAGCCUCCGGCAGAGCCCCGAGGCGGCCCCCGCCAAGGAUGCUAUUCUCAACGCCUGUUACCGGGGCUGCCGGCUGUUUUCCAUCUGUCAUUUUGUGGAUGCCACUGCUGAGCUGAAUGCAACCAGAGCCGAGUGCGAAUCGGCCUGCAUGGAAGCCUACAUUGGUGCAGAAGAGCAGUUUGGGUGUACAACCGGAUGCAAGACACAGCUGCCGGAAAUGGAAAACAGAGGAGAAAACAUGAUCCAAGAUGAGAAACCAGCCUCCUUCUCCGUCUUUGACCUGGUCUCCAGUUUCUGCAAUGAUAUUGUCAGCUCUGCUCAGAGUUUUAUUUCUUCCACAUGGACCUUCUAUCUGCAGGCAGAUGAUGGAAAAGUAGUCGUGUUUCAGUCGCAACCAGAAGUGGAGUAUCCAAUUCCUGAGGCCCAGGCACCCAAAUCAGAGGUUUCGGAGAAGACCUGGACAGUCUCGGCCCCCAACACCUUGAAGCCACACACAGGCCUUCAAGAGAAAUUGGAAAAACCUCCCAUCGAAGAGCCCAAGAGCCCAGCCCCAGCCGCAGCUCAGCCUGUGGGGGAGUCUCAGAUGCCUCUGGAACAUGAUUUCCUGGGCUGCAUGUCCAAGCGUUCAGGGCUGCCCCGCUGGAUUCUGGCUGCUUGUCUCUUCCUUUCCAUCAUGGUGAUGCUCUGGCUGAGUUGCGCCAGUUUGGUGACUGCACCGGAUCAACACGUCAAGACUCAGCCCCUGAGCAUCAAUGGAGAUAAAGAGUACCUGGAAGACCUAGACGGACCAGUGCCCUAUUCCUUACGCCCCGUCAUUGCUGUGGCCAUCUGCCCCGCGGAGGAGAACAAGGAAGCAGGCCUCCUGCCGGUCAAGGUGGAUUUAGACAAGACUGUCCUCUAAGAACCUUCCCCUGCCUCCCCCAGCCCUCUUAAUGCCCCAUCCUCUCCCCUCCUCCUGAGUUCCUUUCAACACAACCGCAACAAUCCUUCCACGAUGCUUCCCAGCCUCUCCCAUAGCAUAUUUUGUCAUCUCUCUUUCAUCCAGGAAGGUCUUGGAGAAGCCCAGCACCUUUCUGCAAGGCUCUGCUGGAAUACCCAAGUUUUCCAGCAGCAACACUUUGGCUGUUGAGAAAGGGUGGGCUAGUGAGAUCCUGGUUCUCAAAGGCUGCCAUUGCGACUUUUGAAAUGAACAAGCCCUGGUGGUUCCCAGCAUAAGAUCCUGAGGUGGGCCAGGGGGAUUUUGGGGAAAUUUGCUUCACUUUACUGAACAAGGAUGGGCAACUCCCUCUGCCAUUGGGGAGCUGCUACUUUUCCUGGUUUUCUUUUGUCUAAAAGAAUUGUUGGUGGGGGAUUAAUGGGGCGAUGCCUGCUUUUUAUUUGAGCCUUGGUGGGAAAACUACAUGCAGGAAAAGUCAAGGGUUGCCGAUCAUGGUAAGUUUGCUGUUAUUCUGUGCCCUGAUUUGCCUGACAGAUUAGGAUAGGGUUCCCUGAACCAUGAUUUCCUGAGAAGCCAGAGCUGCCUAGGUUGACCCGCUGCAUGAAACCAUGGUCUGCAUAUUUGAGAGGUUGCGUUUAGUUUAAUAUUUACUUAAUAAAUUUAUAUGGCUGCCCAUUUCACUUGGAUAUGGCUCUUGAGUAGCCUAUGACCAACACUCAAUAUCAUAGCUGCUUAAAAAAAAAACGGAGCAUUCAAAUCAAAGUAGGAUUGCAAGAGAAAACCACAUCUAUCUAAACACAGUAUAACCAUCCUGUGGGUUUCUUGAUGGGAUCCUCAAGCCGGUUGGAAAAUCCACAUUUCCAGGGUUUUCUGAAAGACUAGCAGGAAUGAAGCUGUCAUUGGUGGGGAUUAUGCUUCAGGGGGUAGGAACCACAGGCAGAAAAGGCAGUAUGCUAACCCACAGAGAAACAAACCACCUUAUGGUUUAGAUUGCAGUGUGAUUCAGCCUAUACUUCCUUCUUUCUUUUCCACCCCACACCAAAAUAUAUUUUGUCAGACAAGAUACAGAGAGAAGACAGAUUCCUCUGGAUCAAUGUUUCUCAACCUCGGCAACUUUAAGCGGUGCGGACUUCAAUUCCCAGAAUUCCCCAGCCUCUUUCUGAAGUCCUCUUUUGGGACUUUGGCCGCCAGCAAAAAACUGAACAGAAUGGGACCACAUGAGAUAUAAGGGGACAAGACAGACAAUUGAAUUUGAAAAUGGGUUGGACCUGGCUGAAUGGAAGCUAUAGGAGCUAUGGGAGACUCCCCCACCUCCCCAUUUCACCUAACAGAGAGACAGUUAGGCAUCGGCUCAGGAUGCUGCCAUGUCCCUCAAUUCUAAGAUCCUUCCCUUCUGAUCACAUGACCAAGAAUGGAGCUGCCGCCACCUUCACUUUAAGCCUCCUCCUUUUUG